AUGGUUAACUUCAAGAACAUCGCUGCCUCUUUGGCAGUUUCAUCCAUCCUCGGGGCGGCUGUCGGUCACCCCGGUGAGGUCAAGUCUGCUAAGGAAGUCAAGCGCGAGAUUGACUUGUACAAGAACGCUCACGAGAAGGCCGUUCGAUCUAUGGCCAAGGUUUACGACUCCCCCGCUGCUCAAGCUCUCAGAGCUCGUGCUAUUGCCCGCCGUGCUGCCACCGUCCAGGCUCUCCGUGCCAAACGUGGUCUCACCAACAAGAAGAUAUUCUCCAAGAGGGACCAGGCUGACCUGUUGAAGUACUUGUCUGAGUCUCACGACGUUUCCGAACUCGGCUACACCCUUGACACUCCCCUUGAUGUUAUCUUCGGCUCCAACGCUACAGCUGCUCUUGCUCCCGAGGUCACUAUUGGGCCUUACUUCGUUUCCGGCGAGUACAUCCGUGAGGAUGUCACUGAGGACCAGGAAGGUGUCCCCGUUCAUUUGGACCUUCAAUUCGUUGAUAUCAACACAUACACCCCUAUCCCGGAUCUCCUGAUCGAUAUCUGGCACUGCAGUGCGAUUGGUGUCUACUCCGGUGUGUCGGCCCAGGGCCAAGGCGGUUUGAACUCCACCUGGCUGCGUGGUGUUGCUGCUACCGAUGACGAUGGCGUUGCACAGUUCGACACGAUUUUCCCCGGGCACUACCAGGGACGUGCUCACCACAUCCAUCUGCUGGGAACCGAGAACUCUACAAUUCUUCCCAACCAGACCUACGUCGCGGGCAAGACUGACCACAUCGGUCAGAUCUUCUUCAACCAAGAGCUCAUUACUGAGGUCGAGAAGACUGAGCCCUACGUCACCAACAGCCAGCAGCUCACAUUGACAUCUAAUGAUGGCAUUGCAGGACAGCAGAGUACUGAUAGCCACGACCCGCUGGUUGACUACGUCCUCCUCGGUGACGACCUGUCGGAUGGUCUCCUGGCUUUCAUCACCAUUGGUGUUGACACCACCGCUGAUUACUCAGACAGCUACACCCCGGCUGCCCACUACCAGGAGGGUGGCGGUGUCGAUACGGGCCUUGGCGGCGGUCCUGGCGGUCCUGGUGGUCCUGGCGGCCCCGGUGGUCCCUUCCCCACUGGCCAGCCCUUCCCACCGCGACGAAUGAUCUAG